AAGUUACUGAUAUGGCAGUAGAUAGUGAAGAUAAUGAAAAUAAUGAAUAUAGUGAAUAUAGUGAAAAUAGUGAAGAUAGUGUAGAUAGUAAAAGACAAGAAGAAAUAACGUCAAGUUUCAAAAUGAGAAAAAAUUCACAAGAUCUUUAA